AUGUCUACGAACGAUUGUAUUCUUUCACUUCCUAUAAAAACUUAUCUUGAACCAAGCGAGAUAUCGAUUCUCCCUCAGCAUCGUUUAAAAGCACGUCGAACAAAUUUGAUUCCGGCGAUUUGCUUCUACAAUGGUUCAUUCGCACCAAUCCAUGCUGGUCAUGUCAAUGUAUUACAGUCAGCGAAACAAUAUAUUGAUAGUUUAGGAACACAUGAAUUGCUAGCUGCGUACAUGUCUCCGUCACAUUCCGAAUAUCUUGCAGCAAAAUUAAAAUCAACUGAAUUUCUGAGUAUCGCGCAUCGUCUAGCUAUGAUUCAUCUAGCAGUGGAAAAUCUCGAUUGGGUGAUGGUAGAUCUGUAUGAAACUUUUCAACCACGCACAACUCGUUUAGGUAUUAUCAUGGAUGCGUUUAUGAAACGUGUUCGUUCACAAUUGCCUGAUGGAAAUGAAAUUGAUGUAUUUUGGUUACAAGGUGAAGAUGCUCUGCGUUUUCCUCCUUUUGAAAUAGCAAUUCGGUUAGGAUUUCAACCUCUGUACGUUUUGAAUCGUAAUUCGAACGAGAAUACCGCCGGCUCUAAUCAAGAUAAACGAGAAAACCAAUGGCAAAAAAAGCGGGCAUGCUCAUUGUUUCCAGAACGAUCUCAUUUAGUCAAAGCAACUGACCUGAACCUCUCGUCGACUGCAAUUCGAAGAUGUGCUAGCGAAGCUUCGGUAACACAUGAACAACUUCAACUAUGUACUCAUCUAGAUAAUAUUACAUCGUAUAUCUUAC